AUGCACCUCCUCGGAGCACGCCCAGGCGGAGGGAGAACGGCCGCCUUUCCUGAAUCGGCGUGGGAGCGUCGGUCGGAAAAAUAAUAAAUAAAACGUCUCUAAGCUAAGGUUCCUCUCUCUAGGCGUUGUUUUGGCACUGGCGUUUCUGAAGCGGCUUAGGGAUUUAGAGAGGAGAGAGAGGAGCUCUUCUUCUAUAAUUCCUCCUCCUCCAUUACCGAUCGUUCGUGAAUCGUGAUCGUUUCUAUUUCUUCUCCUCGGAAUCGAAUCCAUGGCGCGGAGGCGGAAAUCGGACGCGACGCGCCUCGACGAGGUGGAUCGGACGCUCUACUCCACCUUCUGCAGCGCGGCCAACUCGCUCUCUCAGUUCUACACCCAGGCCAUGAACCAUCAGAAGCUCUCCUUCCAGGCCGGCGAGCGCCAUGCCCUGGGGAAGGUCUACCAGUGGGUCUUGAGACAACAUGAGGAGGGGUCAAGGGUGAAUGUAGAUGAUAUACUUACCUAUAUCCAGAAUGCGAUGGAUUAUGGAGGAGAGGAUGCAAUAGUGUCUCCAAGAUUGCAAUUCCAACACCAACAUCCACAUCUGCAAACUACAAUGCAUUUUACAAACUCGAUUGUUCAACAACCGUCUGUUUUUUUUGGGCGGGCAGCAGUUGGACUUGCUCCCCAACCUAGUCCUUCUGAUCAGGCAAAAAAUUCAGUUUUCUCGAAUGCUCUUUCCAGCCCUGUUCGCAGGAGUCUUCAGCCCUAUCAUCUGGCUCAGGGAAGUGAAUAUGAGGCAAGUGGUUAUCUGCCCACUGGAAAUGGAGCUAGGAACCAUGAAGUGAACUCUCUCAGUCAAAACCAGGAGUCUAAUUGUCCCAGCUCAAACGACUCAUUGAUGGAUAUGCAUUCUGAUAGCCCUACUCAUGAAUCUUACUGAUGACUGGCUAUUAGCAGGGCUGCCCUGUUCAACAUGGCAUUGUUGUAUCUAGUUCAAUAGCCUCACUGAUCCUGCCUUGUUCUUUAAGCUGCAACUUACAGUGAGGUGGAUGUCAGAGAAGGUAUGAAAGAGGAAAUUUAUAUGUUUCUCAAAUGGUGCUGUGUAGCUUAAGAACUUUAGCCAUAUGUCAAUCCCAAUGGUGCUACUCUUUGGUCUUUUUAUAUGUUGGACUGCUCAGGUUUCAUAUUGUCAUGUCUUUUUCAUCCUGUACUACUUGUAGUCAAUAUAGUUGUCUGUGCACAUCUUAUGGAACUCUCUUAAUUAUUUUUUACAUAAAUAAAGUAUUUGUUGGAAUUCUCUUAUA